AUGAAUUACAUACAAGACAAAGUACCUGCCCACUUUUCUAUUACUACUCAAAGUCUUGACGAAUAUGCUGAAAAUGAUGAUCAACCAAUGAAUUAUGCACUUUGUUACGAUGAACAAAAUUUGGAAGAAGAAAAGAAAGAAUGUCGUUCUAAAAAUGAACUUUUAUGCAUGGAAGAAGCAAUUGAAGAGGAAAAAAUAGAGAUAACCAAACCCAAAGGAUCCAAUGGCAAAGAGUCGAGAAAUAAAAAGGAAAUGUUUGUCUCUAGUCGGAGUUUUAAGGAAAUCUUCAAUUUUUUCAAAGAUCGCGACAAAAAACGAUCUCAUGAAAGUUCCAAGUCUGGAUCGUCAGAGGGUUCAAAAGUUCUCAAAACUUCAGAAAGUUACGAUCAAAAAUUCGAUAGAUCGUCACAAUCCACCCAAUCUUCAACAGAACAAAAUGAAAAAGAAUUAGAACUAAAAAGCGAUUCUCAAGGCCCUCAGCAAACGCCUUUGAUUUUUUCGAGACGUAGUUCGUUGGGUUCAUUGGCUGGUCAGGAUCAAAAUUUCGUAAACGAUGAUCGCAGUUCGAUUGUGAGCGAUUUCAGUCAUAAAACAAGUGGUCGAGUUUCGCCUAAUGAACUGCCUGAUUCUCCAGUACAGUUCACGCCUUCAAGUGCUAAAUUGCAACAAAAAUGCCAAAUCGGUUGCUUUGGAAAGAAAAAAAUAGCUACAGUCCAACAGGAUCAAUCCAAGAUACAUCAACAAUCAGUUGUCUCCAAUGAUAUUCCUUACCAACAGUCUGAAAACAAUCCACGGCUGAAUCCAUUUUCCAAGUCUAGUGUUUUUGAGGAUUAUGUAACUUCGUUUAAAGAUGAAUCUACUCCGACUAAAUUACAUUCAGUGGCAGCUAGUAGUUUGAGUUCAUUAACAAUUGAUGAUGAUGAUGACUUUGAAUUAGUAAAAAAAAGUAUUUUGAAUAAUGAAAAACAAAGUUUAAAUGAAGAAGUUCAUAAAGUACAAAGUGAUAGGCAAGAACCUAUUGGUGAAUCAAAUAAUGAAGAUGGUUUAACUGUUGGAUUAGAAGAAGCUGAAUCUGUACAUCUACAACAAGAAAAUUAUAGCAGAGAAGAGGAUGAUCAGCUAAUGAAUCUCACUCAUUAUGAAGAAGAACUUCUUGAUGAAUGUAUUCGUAGAGGAAUAGCUAAGUUGACAAAGCAAAAUAUCAACGAAAUAAGACCGUUUAGCUGGGACUUAGGGCUGACUUGUUUAGCUACAAAAGCACUCUUAGCUAGUAGAAUAAGAUUACAUUCUGUAGAAAUUUUAAGUAAGAUCAUUGAAGAGCAAAGUAGUCAAGAUAAUAACACCAUAUUAAUCAAUAAUAAAAACAACUCUGACAAAAGUUUUCUGAAAGAUGUCAGUCAAGAAACUCAUUCUAGCUUAAAUAGUGAUGUUAUAAAGCAAGAUAAGUCUAAUAAUCAAAUGACAAACUCGAGUUACUCCACGUAUGAGGAACAACUUCUGGACCAGUGCAUCCGGCGUGGAAUAGCCAAAAUCACCAAGAAAAAUAUAAACGACAUCAGACCAUUUAGUUGGGAUACAAAUCAAAUUUGUCUUACAACUAUGCUUCAUGGCUACAAUGACGAGGUCAAUAGUGGCAUAUGUGCUACAUAG